UUCAUGCCAAUGUGUGUACUAUAAAUCCAGCCAACCCUAGAGCUUCCAUCACAUCGCUCACAAGGUUUCAAACAGAAAUCUAAUCAUACACAGAAAAGAGAGAGACCACUGCAAAUUAAUAAGGCUAAUUUAGAUGGAGGGAAAGCCAUUUGCUGCCAAUACCAAUCGUGUUUUCCAAGACAUUGAGCCAUUAGAAGAAUGGGUACGAGAGCAAGCAUCCGACGCUUUCCUCGUCCAUCUGUCGGGAUAUAAAAAGGAGAAUCUGAAGAUCCAAGUAACAUCAGCUCGAUACGUAAGGGUGCUUGGUGAACGCCCACUUGGUGACAACAAAUGGGAGCGCUUCCGCAAGGAAUUCCCAAUUCCCUCAAACUGUGAUCCCAAUGACAUUUCUGCCAAAUUUGAGAACAGCGUUCUUACUGUCAAGCUCCCCAAAAUGAUAGCUCCAGCAGUUGAUACAAAAGUAUCAAGAACCCCCACCACAGAAGCCCCAAAGCCACCCACCCAAGAAGCUCCUAAGCCACCCGCCAAGGAAGCUCCUAAGCCACCCGCCACGGAAGCUCCUAAGCCACCCACCACGGAAGCUACAAAGCUUCCUAAACCCAUGAGCACCGGUGGGCCGCAGCCUCAAAAGACUGGUGCUAAUAACCAAGAGCAGAUCAAGAAAAGCAACGAAGCAACUUCACAGGGGAAAAAUAGUAAUUACGCGCCUCCGCAGACAACGGAAAAGGAACCAAGUAGGGUGAGUAAGAGUAGCAACCAAGUGGAAGCUGAGGCUAGCAAUGCUGCUCAGAAAACAAUGCGCAAGGACAAGAGUGGUGAUGGGUUGGACAAGAUUGCUGCUAAAAGCACCGAAAAACUUGAGGAAGAUCGCGGGAAAAAGGUUGAGGAUUCGACAAAGGAGGAGCUUAGAAGAGCAAUAUUUGGGCAUCCUGAGGACAAUGCUGGUGUUGAGAAGUGCUCUUUUAGCUGUAACUAUAAGCAGGUGGUGUAUGGGCUGGUUAUGGAGAUGAAACAGCAGCCAAGGAAAAUGGUGAAAUUGGGUUUAGCAUUUUUAUUUGUUCUGGUGCUUUGGUUGUAUGUCAAGCAUACAAUCAAAUCAAUUCAGGAAAUUAAACGCCAAGAACUGUAAAUCUGUAAUGACUGCUCAUGCAUGCAUAUGAAAAAUGCAUGAAUUGAAUAAAAGGGCUUGACCAUUGGAAGGUUAUCCCUAAUUCAUUUACUUACAUUUUCAUUGUAAAAUUAGAUUUACCAGUUAAAAAUUAUUAUUAUGUUCUAAAUGUUAUUUCAUGUUUG